AGAGAGAGAGAGAGAUAAAGGAAUAUAUUUAUACCCAUGUUUGGGUUUUAAACUAUGUCAUGCCACACACACACACACACACACACACACACAUCUGAGAAUGAACUUAAUCAUGAUGCAAGCAAUUCAUUUUAUUUAUUUCAUUUUCCAUUUUCCAUUCUCUCUCUUUUGUGUACUAUGGGACAAGCAAAGAGUAAAGAAAGUGACAUUCUGUCUAAAAGAACACAUUUCACUACAAAAGAAAUUGAAGAUCUCCGACAGAACGUGAAAGAGAAAGAUCAUAAUCAUAUUACUGAAGAGGUGUUUAAAGAUUCUGUAAAGAACUAUGUACCAACAAUAUCCUUAACGGAUGACGCUUUUUUAAAGAGAUUGUACUGUGCUUUCGGAGGAACAGAAGAACAGUCGAUUGACUUUAGCAAAUUUGUAGACGGCUUGAGCGUGUUUAUGAAGGGUACAAAUGAAGAGAAGCUUCAAUUGUCCUUUAAGCUAUAUGAUAUCGAUAGAGAUGGUUAUAUAUCAAAAGAUGAGAUUGAGAAUGUUAUUUUUGAACUAUCAAGAAUGCUAUCUGAAGACGAUAAAGAAUCAGAAGAACUUCAGACUUCAAUUAACUGUAUGUUUGAAGACUUUGAUGUUGACUGCGAUGGAAAGCUGUCUUUUGAAGAAUACAAACUAUCUACGAUUAAAGAACCCUUGAUUGCAGACUUCUUUGAACGAUUCUUAGUGAUACAUAACCUAUCAAGCAAUCCAUCCCCCGUUUCAAGACCUGUUUCUUUACGUUCAAAACAAUCCUUUUGGUCUCUUAAUAAUUGUUCACAAAACCAUUUUCGUUUAUCACAAGCUGAAUUGUUAGAUUAUAGUCAUCAACAGCAACAACAACAAAUCAUGACAUCGUCUGAUGAUACACCACAUACUUUGGGAAAGAAGCCUUCUACUCAUCAACUUAUAUCCUCUAAUUCUUCACAGCAUCAACAACCUGCAUCUUCUUUACAACAACGACUAAGCCGUGGUCCUAGCAUGGUUAGUCUCGAUGCUGCCUUGACUACUAUGUAAUUCUUUUUUUUUUUUUUUUUUACUUAUUUAUUUAAUAUC